AUGCACACAGCAACAAGCCCCAACGAGGAGCUUCUGGCACUAUUUGCGCAUCUGGUCCGCGAGGCGGGGUCGAGCGAGCGUGCCUAUUUUCUCUUCGUCUCCGAAUGCCUGCGCGACGGCAAUCGCCGCGUGUGUCGCUAUCUGGUCCACAACGGGGCCGACAUCAACAGCGUGCGCCAUCAUGAGACGCGAGGCCUCGUCACUGCGCUCCACACCGCAGUGAAGGAAGGCAACGUGCAUAUGGCCGAGUGCCUGCUGUCGGCGGGAGCGGACCCCGACCUGAUCAGGGCUCACGAUGGCAGCAUGCUGCACUCUCCGCGCUCCCUCGCACAAGCCAGCCAGCACGCGCCAAACACGCAUGCCGACCUUGUGGCUCUGUUCGCCCGUUUCCCACCCUCCAACGCCCCCACCCAACAUGAACUCUAA